GCGGUGGGUCGCUGCUCCCCGACUCCAGCUCUUGCUGCCCUGCGGACCGGCGCCCUCGCUCUUGCUUUUGCUGUGCAGCCGCGUCAGCUGCGCCGGCUCCUCGGCGUGUGCUUGGAGCCCUUUUUCCCCUGGCUCCGGCUUGGAGAGGUCUAGCUCCUGAGCUGAUUCUCGCCGAGUCAAAGCGUCUGCUGAGCGCGGCCGCAGGAAGAUGCGGCGGGGGAGCGCGGGAUGGGCGCUGCUCCCUGGAAGAGGCUUAUUAAUAACGCUGAUGCACGGCCAAUUAGCAGCGGGAGCCAGGUCCAGCCCUCGUGUCUGCGCGCUGCACGGUCAAAGAGUUUGGUGAUGGGUGAACAGAUUGGGCCUCCCUCCAGACCUUCCUCUCCUAAUCCGCAAGAACGUAUGCUGAAGUGUGGCUGGCUGAAGAAACAAAGGAGCAUUAUGAAGCACUGGCAGCAGCGGUGGUUUGUUCUGCGUGGGGACCAGCUCCUCUACUACAAGGAUGAGGAGGAAACUAAACCUCAGGGUUUCAUUCCACUGCAAGGCAAUCAGGUGAACGAGCUGCCACCUAAUCCUGAUGAACCAGGGAAACAUCUGUUUGAAAUUGCCCCAGGUGGUGCAGGAGACCGUGAAAAGAUGCCUGUCAAUCAUGAAGCUUUCCUGCUCAUGGCUAAUUCCCAGAAUGAAAUGGAAGAUUGGGUAAAAGCCAUCCGACGGGUUAUAUGGGCUCCGUUUGGUGGAGGUAUUGCAAAUAGCUCACAUGCACAUAAAUUAAAACAUUUGCCUCAAGGGAUCUUUGGGCAGCGUUUGGAGGACACGGUACAGUACGAGAGGAAGUAUGGCCAGCGGCUGGCCCCGCUGCUGGUGGAACAGUGUGCGGAUUUUAUUAGGGAGCGAGGUCUUACUGAGGAGGGGCUCUUUCGGAUGCCUGGCCAAGCCAACCUUGUCAAAGAUCUGCAGGAUUCCUUCGACUGUGGAGAGAAGCCCCUCUUUGACAGCAACACAGAUGUUCACACUGUGGCGUCCCUCCUGAAGCUUUACCUCCGAGAGCUGCCAGAGCCUGUCAUCCCCUUCGCCAAAUAUGAAGACUUUAUUUCUUGUGGACAGCUACUCUCAAAAGACGAGGGAGAGGGAACCCAGGAACUGGUUAAACAGGUGAAGAAUUUGCCCCAAGCCAACUACAACCUUCUCAAAUACAUAUGCAAGUUCCUUGAUGAAGUUCAGGCUUACUCCAGCGUUAACAAGAUGAGUGUCCAGAACCUAGCUACAGUAUUUGGACCAAAUAUAUUACGACCCAAAAUGGAAGAUCCAGUGACCAUGAUGGAAGGCACCUCACUAGUUCAGCACCUGAUGACGGUGCUGAUAAGUGAACAGGGGCGAAUCUUUGCUGUUCCUCAGACAGAUGUGCCAGGGAGCCAACUUGAAAUCCGACCUGUGCGUCAGCGCAAUACUGUGGAGUGGAUCUCUGAGGAGGAUGGGGAGGACAGCAGGUCAGAAAACAGUGUUUCCAGCCCCGCUGAUUUGCCUUCAGGCAAUGCUGUGGCAGUAGAGCCCACUCCUGGACCUGUGGUGAAAAACACCCCUCCUGAGCGCAGCGGCAAAUUGACUCAGCCUGCUACUAGCCCCAGCAAAAGAGUGCAGACGUUGCCUCCGUGGAAAUACUCCUUCCGCCAGCAGGGAGCACGGUCUGUGAGUCCAAAGCUGGGCAGCUCAUCCUUAGAUAUCCCCAACCUCUCCUCUGGUGGGAACUGGUUGAUGAAUGGACUGUACUCUCUCCGAGGUCACCGCAGGACAGCCUCUGGGGAACGGGUUAAAGACUCGUGCUCUUCCCAGAGACUCUCUACCUAUGACAACGUCCCUUCUUCCAGCCUCUCCCUCAGUACACACAGUAUGGCCAGCACUACGUGGUCUACAUCGUCGUGUGAAAUCUCCGUGGUGGACUCAGUCAGCAGCUGCCCAGCCUGUCGGGCCAGCGACUCUUCUGCUUUAAGCUCUCUCAAAACGGAGUGGGUAACUCAGGGCUCUCUGUCUCAGAGCGAGGUCAAGACUGCAGAUCUAGAGAACAGCACUGACAGGAUUUACGCUUGCAGCAGUAGCAGUGAACAGAGCAACCCUGCUGCUGCUUCCAGAGACUCUGUCAAAUGCUCUAGGGCCUUGCAGAGCUUGGUGGUGGAGCUAAAGACAGAACUGAGCAAACAGAGGACUGAGUACGAGACUAGUAUCAAAAGACUUGAGGAAGCAAGUGCAGACCUGAGGAAACAAGUGGUUAGGUUAGAAGAAGAACUGGACCAAGAACGAAAGAAAUACACAAUGCUGGAAAUAAAGCUGAGGAAUUCUGAACGUGCUCGUGAAGAUGCUGAGAAGAGAAAUCACCUCCUCCAGAAGGAAAUGGAAGAGUUUUUUUCAACAUUAGGAUGUUUAACCUUUGGGAGUCAAAGUGCUAAAGGCCCCAAAUAGAAAAAGCUGAUGUACAGCAAAGGAAGUUCUAUUUCUGGCAAAAACCAGUCUCUAUGCGCAUUUUGUUCUGUUAUACUCGUGUAUCAUGAGUAAUUCUGCAGUGAUUGUGCUCUCAGUGCCACUUACUCUGUUGUCUGUCUUUACAUGCGCUGUAGUAUUUGGGCCAGCUGGAAAAGACUGUGAAAUAUAAUGCUUAAAAGUGUAGAUGUCAAAUUGCCAAGGAAAAGUGAGCACUCUUUUUUUUUUUUUUUUUUUUCAAUCUACAAGUCCAAAGAUACCAUUCGCUGUUCCUGUACUGUUGCCAUCUUUGGAUUUACUGCACCAUCCUCUUGCUGGUUCAAGGACAAUGGCAAGGUAUAUUAUUUAGGCAAGAUGGCUAGAAAUAAUGGACAGGCUGAGCCUGGAGCUGAGGGUUGCCUAUGCUUCUGCCUGGGACAAUCACAGUUCUCGUAUCUAUGUCACCAUAUUCAACACGGUUUAGUAUACGGAUUUAAUAUGUGGAAUUUUUCCUCCCCGCUCCCUGCAUAAAGUUUGUUCAAGUUUCUCAGCCUGAAAAGUGGCACGAGAAUGUUUUACAAACAAAGGCUUACAGUUGAAGAUGCUGGAAAUUCUGCCAGUUCAUUAAAGUUGUCACUUACUUACUGAAUAGGUCCAACUGCUUCACAGAAAUGUAACUUAUUAAAGUAUAUGUAAUUUGGCCAUGCAAACUCCAUAAAACUUUAAAUAUGCAUAUUUUUUGCCCUAGGUGGUUUUUUUUGAACCAGAAAUAGAGCAGUAUUAGCCACAAGAAUGAAUCUCAUGAGCUUAUACAUACUGAUCAGACACGAAGGCAGAAGAGUGAUUCUUAUCAAAACACAGCCAAAUAAUUACUGAGGGUGUUUUUUUUUUUUUUU